ACUGCAACUUGCACUUGCAACAACAGAGUACCCAAAAUCUUGAUCUACGUGGAGAAAACAUGCCCUUGCAUUUCAUAUCCUCACAAUCUCAUAUCAUCAAACACAAACACAAACACCCCUUUUUAUAACCUCCAAUUUUGCACACACCCACUCACCAAUUUAGAUCUGAAACCCCCUCUUUCAUCCAUCUGGGUUGGGUAUCAUCAAUGGCCACAUGGGUCUUAUCAGAAUGCUGUGUUAGACCCAUUCCAAGAACAUCAUCAUACCCAAAACCAAGAUUCACAAUCUUGAAUUCCCCUGUUUCCAAUUCCACAUUAUUCAAGACCAACAAUAAACCAAUCACAUUCAACCCUUUGUUUUCACGAGCUAAAGAUAGAAGAAACUUGGGGUUGAAAGUGAGUGCGCCAGCCAAGAUUCAGUUUGUAGAUGAAGAAGAUGACGACAGUGAGAUAACCAAUGGGUUCAAGUUCAACCCUGGUGCACCACCGCCCUUCACAUUGGCUGAUAUUAGAGCGGCUAUACCCAAACAUUGUUGGGUUAAGGACCCAUGGAAGUCCAUGAGUUAUGUUGUUAGAGAUGUGGUUGUGGUCUUUGGCUUGGCUGCUGUGGCUGCUUUUUUUAAUAAUAUUGUGGUUUGGCCACUUUAUUGGAUUGCUCAAUCUACUAUGUUCUGGGCUCUCUUUGUUCUUGGUCAUGAUUGUGGUCAUGGAAGCUUCUCCAAUAAUGCAAAACUUAAUAGUGUUGUUGGUCAUAUACUUCAUUCUUCAAUUCUUGUACCUUAUCAUGGAUGGAGAAUUAGUCAUAGAACUCACCACCAGAACCAUGGGCAUGUCGAAAACGACGAAUCUUGGCAUCCGUUGUCUGAGAAGAUUUACAGAAAUUUAGAUAAGGGUACAAGAACUUUGAGGUUCACCUUGCCAUUCCCCAUGCUUGCAUACCCUUUCUAUCUGUGGAGUCGAAGCCCAGGAAAGAAAGGCUCACAUUUCAACCCCGACAGCGAUCUAUUUCUCCCUAACGAAAGGAAAGACAUCAUCACGUCAACGGUGUGUUGGACAGCCAUGGCUGCUUUGCUCGUGGGUUUAUCCGUUACAAUGGGCCCGCUUCAAGUACUUAAACUCUACGGCAUCCCUUAUUGGGGUUUCGUCGUAUGGCUUGAUUUAGUAACGUACUUGCAUCAUCAUGGUCACGAGGAUAAACUCCCAUGGUAUCGCGGAAAGGAAUGGAGUUAUCUAAGAGGAGGACUAACGACACUUGAUCGCGACUAUGGAUGGAUCAAUAACAUCCAUCAUGACAUCGGAACUCAUGUCAUACAUCAUCUCUUCCCUCAAAUCCCUCAUUACAACCUCAUUGAAGCAACCGAAGCCGCAAAGCCCGUUUUCGGGAAAUAUUACCGAGAGCCAAAGAAAUCCGGGCCUCUUCCAUUUCACUUGCUAGGAGUUCUUAUUAACAGUUUGAAGAAGGAUCACUAUGUGAGCGACGAGGGGGAGAUUGUAUACUACCAAACGGACCCAAAAAUGACGGCGAAUUAGCGAAUGUGUCAAGAUUUAACAAGAGAAAGGGAUGCUAGAAAACCUAAUGAUUCUUUUUUCUUGACAUGAAACUAUGCAAGAAUUUGUAUAAACACAUUCUCAGGCAAAUUUAGGAACCCUUAUUCAAUUUCUUGAAAUGAAAAUAAUGUAAACAAAUAGACUUUAAGAUGGUUACAAGAUUUUGGUUAUGGGAUUCUUGGAACCAACAAAUAUGUGGCCAUGAUUGAACCAACAAAGACAAAUGGUAUAUGAUUUUUUUCCAACAUGUAAUGUCAAUAAAAUGUCCUUUUGUAAA